AUGUUCCGCAUUCUAAGUUAUCGAGCAGUGUCAGAGUGCAACAACCACCGGGCUGUGAAUCAAGCAAAUGCUUCCCAACACAAACUGGAAGCUACAGGAAUUGGUGGUUGUGCAUGCGCUCAACAUGGCUGUUUUGUACCUCAUUCCAUUGUUGAUUUCCAGAAAGGGGAAAGACAAAUGAAUAUGGACUACACUCUUUGUCAUGCUUUGAGCCAUCACACCAAUGGACUCACAAGAGCCUUAACAUUCUAUGACAUCAACUGCCAAUAUGACAAGCAUUUCCGACGUAGGGUAAAUGAAAGUCCAUACAUGAGUAUCCCUGCCGGUAUGGAGAUCGUACCGGGAAUAGGACUGUGGCAUGUCCAUGGCCAUCAGGACAAGUGCUAU